UGGAGGUCCAGGAUCACCAACAACCCUCAGCUCCAACCAUGCCCCAGUUUCAACCACCUCCUCGGGCUUACGUGGAGAUCUAGCCCCAACCGAUACCCCUGGCUCUAAAUAUACCUCACUGUCAGCCAUCUUCUCGGGCUCAUAUGGAGAUCCAGGCCCAACCUCAAUUUUUAACUCCAACCAUACCCCAAUAUCAUCCACAACCUCAGGCUCAGUUAGAAACCACUGUCCAUCUAUCACCCUCCCCCCUAGUCCAGUCAUCAUCUUCUCAACGCCAGAUUGGCAUUGAGAAGUCCUUUGAAACAUCUUGCACUACAGUCCCAAAUAAGGCAUCAUCUUUCAGUUCAAAUGCAAUUGAAAACCAGGAAUGUCACUUUUGGAAAAAACAACUAGAAAGCAGGAGAACUUUGCCCUCUUUGGUUAAAAAUUCUCAGCAAGUCUUUAGCCAGGUCACUCUCAACCCAUCCCAGGAGACCAGGUCUUCCCAGGCCCAUGGCUCUGUCCCCAUCCUUCCUGGGCAUUUGAUCAGCCCUGAGGUUCGGAAGAAACUGGAGCACCACAUUUCCCAAAGGUUCAUGCAGCAACAGAGUGGCCUGCCCUGCAGAAUCCAAGCAUCUCAGAAACUGAUGCAGCCCCAGGAUCAAUACCCACGGCCAUGCCAGGCACAGGACAGGGAGGGGCCCUCAAGAUCUUCUGCAGGUCGAGGCAAAAUGAGCCAGGAUGUACAAAAGAUGAGGUCCAAGUGCCCAGCACAAAUCCUACCAGGGACAGACCUGUGCCAUGAGGUGGGGCAGAGUGUGGAGAAGAUCGUAAAAGAUCUGUACAUGUUCCCAGCCAACCCUCCAGUGAAGGACCCAAGAGCAAAACUUGCAUCAGAAAUAGAGUUGAGCCUAGACAGGAAGCAACCAGAAGUCUCAGGAGUCCUUACAGAGAGGAAGGCAGAGCAGAUCUGUGAGAGUGAGAUCCCUGUGAAUGUCUGUCACUUGAGGCUUGUGGACAACCUUGUUUUAGGCACUCUGGGAGAGACAAAUGCUCCCAUGAAGACAGAAAGUACACAGUCCUCUCAGGAUGGGAAAGCCUCCAUGACCACCUCCCAUGAGUCUCUUGUCCUCAGCCCGUAUACUGAGCAGGAGUUGGAAGCACAUAUAAUAAGGUUUCGGGUGAGGCACAGGUGGAGCCUAUUCUUCAAAGUCCUUAAGUUCAUAUUUCGCUUGAAGUUGAAAAAGGUUCAAGUGCCCACAUUGAAGGUCACCUGUGAAUCUGGAUACCAGUCAACUGCCCUAUUAACCAAGGGCUUGGGAAAACCUCCUCAGCCCCAUGCAGGUGAGAAACUGAAAAGAACGGAGGCAGUUCCCCCACUGGAGAGGCCCCUCCCUGUCCCCUCACAGGUGACUGAGGAAGCCCGGGGGGCUCUGGGAGGACGCACACCUGGGGACACCCAUAAGCCCCCAGAGGCCCCUCUGACUGGACAGGAAGACAAGCCACCUCCUCAGGCCCCCACAUACAGCUUUGUGGGCAGAAUGUGGCACAGCAUGUCUGUAGUGGAGGCUGACAAAGGCAGCCUGGAGCCAAGUCCAAGUUCAGCCAUGGCCAGGAAUGAGGCACAGAAGGAAACCAGGGGGCAGGCCUCCCCAGCAUCUUGCUCUAAUGUGAUAGUUGUGGACCUUGAUGAAUGCUCCCCAUCUUCCAGGGCGCAAGAGGUCGUGGAGGGAGACUCUGCUGGGAAGGGCACCAGGGAACCUAGCGUGCAGGUCAAAUACCUAGACAUCAAUAUCGAUCUCGGGAGAUCACGGUCUCCAAGGUCCAGUGAAAGCCCCUCACUGAACACCACAUCUGCUGCCUCAAAUACAGAAGAUCUACUCUUUGAGACACAGUCUCGUAAGCUUGAGUCUCAAGGGUUCGCUGACCAGCAGGCUCCGGCUCAGGGCCGAGCUACCAGCGUGCUCCUUCAAGACUGUGAAACUGGAGUACUCCUUCAAGACUGUGCCACCGAUGUGCUUCUCAAAGACUGUCACUCGAAUAUGUUUCUUGCCACAAACAUCUUGGCUUCUCAGGAAUCUCUGUCCUCUUUUCAGAUCUUAUCCAGUGGAGACAAGUGCAAUUCCCAAAAACUCUAUGAUGCUACCUCAAGUGAAGGGAGCAGCCAGGGGCAGCAGGUGGACAUGAGGCGACAGCUCAAAUAUAAGAGCCACUGCAAGGAGUCUGUUCCCAAGGAUGGGAGAGAGAAAUAUAUAAGGCCCAAAUUAAGACAGAUUAAAAAGGGGCUGGCAGAACGGAGGGUUUACCAAGCCCAGGGGAUGAGUCAUCCUGGCCAGAAAAAAGAAACAACAGAGUCCCUAAGAAGCAAGUUUCGGCAGUUAGUCCUAAAGAAGAGACAGAUUCCAUCAGAAAGCUUCAAAGAAAGGAUUAAGCUCCUUCUGCAGUGGAUUUUCCCCAGUAAAGGCAGAGAACCAGAAGAGCCCUUGCAAAAAGGCAGGCCUGAAAUAGCCACUGUCCAGAGCCAAGAAUCAAUCAAGAGCAAAUCGACCAUGGACAGCAGGGCGGUUGAGGCUCAGACUCUCAUGACAGCUGUUGGGCAGAUCCUAAAGGAGAGGAUGGUGUUUCACCAGGGACCUCACGCCACGGAGUUAAACUGGUACCAAGCAGAAUUCCAGGGCCCCCGAGGUCUACAUUACUGCCACCACAGAAUCCUGUCUUACCAAGAGGAAAGGAGAAUGAGGAGAGAUACACCCCGUUAUCACCAAGCCACCCCAACGGGCCAUAGCUUUUCCAAAAAGUGGACCAGUCCCAGGGACAGCAGGUGGGCCUUUUCACCCAGGGAGCCAGGUCCCCUUCCAGGCAUAGUCUGCCAGCAUGGCUCACGAGUGACACGGGUCACAGGCCAUUCCCUCCACUGUCCAAGUCAUGGUCUCCCUCAGAAAUUUACCUCUUCUGGUGAAUCCGAACAUGCUUUUCACAGCAUUCCGGGUAGGCAAACUCUCCUCCAAGAAAAAAAUGCAUGCCAUGCAGAUAAAUACAUUUUUCUCCAAUGUUAGCACAUCCUCUGUGUGCUAAAGGCUUCUUCCUACCAGAAAUUUUGUUUCAUGAAAUAAAUGUUUUUUUCCCAUGA